AUGAAACCUGAAUGUUAUGAUGCAGAUCGAUGGAAAAUAUUUAUUGUUAAUAAUCUAUCACGAUUAACAAAAUUUAAUUUUAAAUUUUCGGAUGUUAAUAUUGAUGAAAAUGUACUUGAUAAAUAUCGUCAACCAUUUUGGAUGGAAAAAUGUUGGUUCGUUGCUACAAAUGAGAAUUACUCAUCUCUUUAUACAGUACCUUAUUUUUUUCGAACUUCAGCGAAAUAUUCAUCUAAUUCAAUAUCAUCAAAAUAUACAACAUUAUCCAUUAAACAACAUAUUACUUGUUAUGAUCGUGUUAUUGAGUUAGAAUUUGAUUCAGAUCAUCGACAAGCACUUCGUCGUUAUAAUAAUAUUGAAAAAAUUUCUCUUUCAAGUUUAAAUAUUGAUAAGGAUGUUAUUGGUCUAUCAAAAGUAAAAUCAUUAGUUAUAAAAGAAGAAUCUCAAUGGACAUUCAGGAAAACUUUACUAUUUAUUAAAGAAGAAAUCCCAUCUGUUGAUGAUCUUUGUUUAAGUGGUCCUCAUCCUAAUCUUGAUGGUGAGAAUAUUCCAGAUAUUUCACUUGAACAAAUUAAAACAUUAACAUUACCUGCAUAUGAAGAAUCUUACGAUGAUGAUUGUUUUCCUUGGUCUCAAUAUUUUCCAUGUGUGGAACGAUUAAUUGCUAAUGUUAAUUCAAAAACUCAAAUACCAGUUUUAAUCGAUGAAUUUAGAAGUAUGGUUAGCGGUGUCUUUUAUGUUGAUUCACGUUUCAUUGAUAGAAAAAAUCCCAUUGAAAUAACAAGUGAAUGGCUAAUGAAAAAUACACAUCGUUUAAGAAAUAGAAAUCUCAAUGAUUUUGUUUGUAAAAUCAAUAACAAACUUAGUCGCUUUUCAGUUUGUGUAUGGCUCGCAGACGACAAAGAUCACAAAUUGUAA